UCAAAUUUUUUAUCUGUAAUCCUUCCGUAAUGUCCCCCAUCCAUCUUUCAAUGCGUUUCCUAUUCUAAUUCGAUGUAAAAUUUUGAAAAACUUGCUUCUUCUAUAAAUAGUUUGUCAGUGUUUCAAUUCUUUGUCAUUAUUAUAGUGUUUGUAAUUCAAGAGAAGUGGUAAAACCUUUUUAAAAGAUGUCAUCAGGAAGGCCGAUCAAAUGUGUGGUGGUUGGUGAUGGCACUGUUGGUAAAACUUGUAUGUUAAUAUCGUACACGACGGACAGUUUUCCUGGCGAAUAUGUUCCCACAGUAUUUGAUAAUUAUUCAGCGCCAAUGGUUGUGGAUGGAGUAGCUGUGUCUCUAGGUCUCUGGGAUACUGCUGGACAAGAAGAUUAUGACAGACUUAGACCCUUAAGUUAUCCACAAACUGAUGUCUUCCUUAUAUGCUUCAGUGUGACAAGCCCAUCAUCUUAUGAAAAUGUGACUUCCAAAUGGUACCCUGAAAUAAAACACCAUUGUCCUGAUGCACCUAUUAUUUUGGUUGGUACAAAGAUUGAUUUGAGAGAUGACCGUGAAACACUGAGUUUAUUGUCUGAGCAAGGAAUGUCUCCGUUAAAGAGGGAACAGGGCCAGAAGCUGGCAAACAAAAUAAGAGCUGUCAAAUAUAUGGAAUGUUCUGCAUUGACUCAGCGUGGCCUCAAACAGGUGUUUGAUGAGGCUGUACGUGCAGUAUUAAGACCUGAACCACAAAAGAGACAUCAGAGGAAGUGUUUAAUUAUGUAAAUAAGAAUAACUCCAUGACAAAUUCGACAAUUAUACAUGCAGGAAACGCUCGACGACAGUAAUAAUGUGUUUCUAUACCAAUAUGCUCAACCAACAGACACUGUUAUUUUAUUAUUACAAAUAUUGAACAAAUUUACAGUAAUAGCAUUCCCAUAAGUGCCAUAUAAUACAUUCUUCAUACUGCAUAGUGAUACUUCAUAAUUAUGUAACUUUAUCUGGAUCAUCACACAACUAUUUUAGUUAUAUUUUCUGCUUAUGUUUAAGCAUAUGAAAAUGCCAAAGAUUUUAUGAAUAGAUGUAAGACUCAGUAUAUUAUUUAGUAUGUUUUGUAAAGAUAUCUUCAAUGGUUAGAAACAAAUUGUUACUGUUAUGUAAAAUGACUAUAAUGUUAUUUUUGUAUAUGCAACUGGACCUCAAUAUUCGAAGUUUUGAAAUAUAUUCUUAUGCAACUUGUGAAUAAUGACUGACCGUAGAUGCUAGUUUCUAACAUACUCAAUUUAAUCUCGAAUUAGUUGCAGAUGUUAAGCAUUUAUUCUCCAGUGAAUGGCGUAUUUGUUAAUUAAGCGGUAUUUUAUUUAGAUAUGUAUAAUUAAUAUCCAUGCUUAUAUUACUGGUAGGUUUUUAACUUUAUUCCCUUUGAAUAAAGUGUGAUUUACUAAUCAAUGCUGAUUUUUCAUAAGCUAACAACAAUUACUGAAGGCAAUAACAUUGAAUUUGUAUUACAUUUUAUAGAAUUAUAUUACAAAUACGUAAUAACGGACAAAAUACAAAACCAUGUCGGCAGCUCACAUGAUUAUUGUAAGCUUUAGUGAUGGUGGAAUUAAGUCUUAUUGCCAAUUAUAUACAUAUUCUUUUCGAUUUUCUAUAAAUACUAAUUUAAUUAUUUUAUCUCGAAUAAUGUUUGUGAUUAGACAAAGUGUGUUUAUAGUUAUUUGUUAGGGCGAAAUAUUUUUGUAUGUGGAAUCUUAGGUAUAAGAAAUAAUGCAUUUAAAAGUACUAAUUUCGCAACGAAAGAAGAGCACAACAACUUAUAUAGUGUCUCAUACGUAUUGAAACAAGGAACUGGAUAACGGAGCUGAUGUCGGCUUCACAAUGAAGCCUCACAAAUGAUGGCGGGAAGAAAGAUUUCGUAAGAAAGAAAAUGGUGUGUGUGUUGAUAAUAUUAUGCACCAACAAUUAUUGAUAUUAUUUGUAGACUGCUUUGAUUUACAUGUAAAGCUUCAAAAAGUAAUUCGUGUAUAUACCUAUUUAUGUAAGAGCUAAAUGAAACUUGUGUACUAUGCACUUCAUAAAUUAUUGAACUUUA